UAUAGUGGUCAAGGAUCAAAGUCGGGCUCGGUCUCUCCCAUCGCCGAUCUCAAUUCCUUCGGUCCCACGAGACGAGCGGCCUGCCGGCAGCUCCCUGAUCGUCUACGUCCAACCGUCGCCUGCUCCAGCUACCUUCUCUCUAUCCCUAGCCGGAUUUUACUAGGUAGAAAGAUUGGCCCUUGCAAUGUCGGCCUUCAGAGCAUUUUUGAAUAGCCCCAUGGGACCAAAAACAACUCAUUUUUGGGGUCCAAUUGCCAACUGGGGCUUUGUUAUUGCUGGUUUGGUUGACACUCAGAAGCCGCCUGAGAUGAUAUCUGGGAAUAUGACUGCAGCUAUGUGCGUCUAUUCAGGAUUGUUCAUGAGGUUUGCAUGGAUGGUACAACCGCGUAACUACUUGCUUCUCGCAUGUCAUGCUUCAAAUGAAUCUGUUCAGCUUUAUCAGUUAUCUCGUUGGGCAGGAGCUCAAGGAUACCUGGAGAAGAAAGAGCCGGAAGCACAGAAAUGAGCAAUAGGCUUUUCCAUGUGAUGAUUCUUUGCAAGUUUUCCCCCCUGAUUUAUAAGAAAAAAUAAUAGUGUAAGCAUGAAAAUUGUACUGAAUGCUCUGGUGUGAUCAUUCAUUGUCUAUGAUGAGGGUGAAGAUAAUCUAUUUGGCAAUCAAGAGCAACUCCAUAUUUUCCCUUUACUGCUGCUACUCAAAUUGAUUGUUCAUUGUAUUCAGAAGGCCCAUGGCAUUCCUAUCCAUUUCAGAAAGUAUCUAGUAUUUUGCAUAUUA